CUGAUUUUUCUCUAUUUCUCAGUGGCUCUGGGGAGACCACAUGGAGUCAUGGAUGAAUGGAUUGAUGAAUGGAAACCAUCUUUGCACCAGAGAGAGAUCUACCCAGUCCUGAGAGACCUGGAGAAACCAGCUGGCUGGAACACUGAGGCGAUUGUAAAACAAACCCAGCUUAGUUCUGUGGUGGAGGAGAAACCUAAUGAACUGAACCCUCUAGUGCAGGAGAAACCAGAAGAGCUGAGCCCCCUGGUGCAAGAGAAUCUAGUGGAACCCAGCCUGGAUUUACAGGUGAUUCCAGUAAGACAUGAAAAACCAGCUGAAUGGAUGCCAGUGGUUCAGAAGAAACCAGAGACAGAAGACACUGUGGAGCUGGAGAAGAAAGUAGAGAAAGCCCAGGACAAACCAGUAGAGAAAGGCCAGGAGAAACCAAUAGAGAAAGCCCAGGAGAAACCAGUAGAGAAAGCCCAGGAGAAACCCGUAAAGAAAGCCCAGGAGAAACCAAUAGAGAAAGCCCAGGAGAAACCAGUAGAGAAAGCCCAGGAGAAACCAGUAGAGAAAGCCCAGGAGAAACCAGUAGAGAAAGCCCAGGAGAAACCAGUAGAGAAAGCCCAGGAGAAACCAGAAGAACUGAGCCCUCCGGUGCAGGAGAAACGAGGAGAACUGAGCCCUCCAAUGCAUGUGAAACGAGAAGAACUGAGUCCUCCAGUGCAGGAAAAAACAGAAGAACUGAGCCCUGCCGCAGAGGAGAAACCAGAAGCACUGAGCCCUGAUGAUCAGGAGAAACCAGAAGCACUGAGCCCUGAUGAUCAGGAGAAACCAGAAGCACUGAGCCCUGUCGAACAGGAGAAACCACGGGAAGAUGUGGCCCCUGUGGUUGUAGAGGAGUUGGUGGAGGUGGGCCCAGCAGCAGAGGAGGAGGCUCAGCKUGAGCAGGAGAUGGAGGCUGAGAUGAAAGAGGAUCUACUGAGGAUGGAAGAUCCCGAGAUGGGGAAACCAGAGAUGGAAGAAGCAGAGAUGGGAUUAAAUAUGGAACAACCAGAGAUGGAAGAACUAGAGAUGGAAGGAAAAGAAACGGAAGAACCAGAAAUGGAGGAACCAGAAGUACCAAGGGUAAAAAUGGAACCUGAAAUAGAAAUGGWGACAGAGGUGGAGAUGGCGUUUGCAAUGGAUGAGGGGCUCACCUACCAAGAGGAGGGCCCUCUUAUGGAGGGUGAAAAUGUCAUGGCUGAAGAGCCAAUCAUGGAUUUSGAACCACUACCAGAGGACAGUUUGAUUGAACAGUAUUGGAGAGGAGGCAGUCCUAUGGAUGGCAACAAGAUGUCUCCAGAAAUGAUGUAUAAUUUUGAUCUGGAAGAGGAGCCAAUGACAGAACUAGAGCCGUUGCUAAGGGAGGGGCCUAGCCUGAAGGAAGACGAUGAGUAUGUCAUAGCGGAACAACCAAUCAUGGAACUGGAGCCUGAAAUUAGGGAUGUGCCUUUUGGAGAGAAUCCAAUCACGACAGAUUACGCCAUCAAGGGAGAGAAGCCAGUGAGGGAACUGAUGGAAGACAUGGGGCCUAUGAUGGAGAGGGAGUACUUCCUGGCUGAGGAACCAAUCAUGGAGCUGGAACCUGAAAUGAGGGAGGGGCUAUACACUGGGCAUUAUCCAAUGACAGACUCAGCUGUGAUGGUAGAGGAGCCAAUGAUGGAGUUGGAACCUCUAGAAGAGAAGAGGCGUCUUAGGGAAGAGCGUUUGCUUUUGGAGGAGGGGGUUCGAGUAAGAGAGAGGCCUCUCAUGGAGCAGCCAAUGAUGGGCGAGGGCCCCAUGAUGGGCGAGGGCCCCAUGAUGGGCGAGGGCCCCAUGAUGGGCGAGGGCCCCAUGAUGGGCGAGGGCCCCAUGAUGGAUGGAGAGGCGCGCAUGUGGGUGGAACCAGAGAGGGAGAGGCGGUCUUUAAAUAUGGAGGAGGUGGGGCUAAUGGAGAACAUGGCCCAACGUGAACCUACAGGGAGGAGCUCCUGCAGUGGUGUGGUCCUGGAGGGGAAAUGCUACCAGUUCUUCAGAGGCCCAAAGACAGCUUCAGAUGCUGAGUUCUACUGCCAGGCUAACUUCCCUCGUGGCCACCUGGCAUCCAUCACCAGUCAGACCAUCCACAGACAGGUCAUGGACCUCAUGCUGCAACAGAUCGGAGGAUACACACGCACCUGGGUUGGAGGACUACGCUACCUGGACACUGGUCGCUUCAUCUGGUUGGACGGUGCCCACUGGUCCUAUGAGGAUUGGUUGCCUGGCGAGCCCAAUUACACGGCAGGGGUGGAGAACUGUCUGGAGCUACUGGCACUUGGAAAUGGGAAGUUCAAUGAUAUGCCGUGCUGGGAUCUGCGAGCGUUUGUCUGCUCUCACCCUGUCUAGGAAACAGUAGGAUAAAGCUGCUGAGGGGAGAACGGCUCAUAAUAAUGGCUGGACUGGAUUAUAAUGGAUGGAAUGUAAUGGUGUCAAAUCCAUGAAAAACAUGUUUCUGAUACCAUUCCAUUAACUCCAUUCCAGCCAUUAUAUUGAGCUGUUCUCCACRGCCCUAGACACUGAUCUAAAGUCAGAUUACAUUCUUCAUCCCAGUGUGGAAUAUUUGGGGGAAACUGAUCCUAGAGCUGUACAUAUUAGUGCAUCCUCUAUCCCGAGCUCUAGGAACACAGCGGUGUCAGAUUUUAUGACCCUUGCACUUUGAACCUCUCAGGAGGUUUCCAGUUUGAGUCACGGGGGAUUCAAGUACCUGGCUUCAGUGGUGAAAGAGAUUCUUAAACAUUUAACUGCAUUCACACUGUAAGAUAUUAUUUCUCUAUGAUAAACAAUCUAUUUUAGAGCCAUAGGAAAGCACUUUUUAUAUUUUGAAAAUAGAACUAUGUUCAUAUGUUUGUGUAAAAGUUAUAUAAAUGACUGUAAUGAAUUCUAUAAAGGGACAUUUUUGCUAGAAA